CAAAAUCGAUCCACUCUGCAAGCAAAAAAUAAAAACUCUUCCAAAGUCAAAAACCUUUAUAAAGCGGCGGCGAGGGCAACCGCAAUAUUAAUAUUCCGACAGAGAAGAAGAAAGACACAGCUAAACGAAUUGUCUCUCCAAUCAAAAGAAAAAAAAAAAGAUGGCGAAAGACAGCUGUUUGGCCAGAAUCACUGCCGGAGUUGCCGUUGGUGGCGCAGUUGGUGGCGCUGUAGGUGCUGUCUAUGGAACUUACGAAGCGAUUAGAUUCAAGGUUCCUGGGCUUAUGAAGAUUAGAUACAUUGGUCAAACUACCAUUGGCAGUGCAGCAAUUUUCGGGCUUUUUCUAGGUGCCGGCAGUUUGAUACAUUGUGGAAAAGGCUACUGAGUACUGAUUCCCCCCUUACAUUUGUUUAGCUCUAGAAGCUCUCUAAGUUUGUGUCUCUCAAAUAGUUUCCUGGUGAAAGAUUGGAUUCUUUUUUUGAAAGAUAUUGAGUUUUUUUUCUUUAUUGUUGAAUAAGUAUUGAAUCAACUUAUAUGUUUCUGCUGCUCUCUGUGAAUUUUCAUCUCUCUUGGUUUUAUCAGAAACAGCUUCUUUUUCU